GCUCUCUUUCUUCCAUAAUCCAUAUCCAUCACUCUCUCCGUCCUCUUUAAAUCAUCCGAAACCUCUUUGCAUCUCUCUCUAUCGCAUACACCCACCCACUCCUGCCAAUCUACAUAGAUUCUGUUAACGGUGCUCUUCAGCAAUGGCGGUGGCAGCAGCAGCUGUUAUCGUCCCUCUCGGCGUCUUCUUCUUCGUCUCCGGCCUAAUCGUCAAUCUCAUUCAGGCGAUACUUUUCGUGGUUGUUCGGCCGUUUUCGAAGAACACAUACAGAAGGAUUAACAGAAUGGUGGCGGAGCUGUUGUGGCUUGAACUUGUGUGGAUAGUUGAUUGGUGGGCAGGAGUUAAGGUUCAAUUGUACACAGAUCCUGAGACAUUAGAAAUGAUGGGUAAGGAACAUGCUCUUGUUAUAGCUAAUCACAAGAGUGAUAUUGAUUGGCUUAUCGGAUGGGUGUUUGCACAGCGAUCUGGAUGCCUUGGUAGCACGUUAGCUGUCAUGAAAAAGUCAUCAAAAUUCCUUCCUGUGAUAGGUUGGUCAAUGUGGUUUUCAGAGUAUCUUUUUCUUGAAAGAAGUUGGGCUAAGGAUGAAAGUACCCUAAAGUUUGGUCUUGAACGAUUAAAAGACUACCCACUACCCUUUUGGUUGGCUCUUUUUGUGGAGGGAACAAGAUUUACACAAGCAAAACUUUUAGCAGCUCAAGAAUAUGCAUCUUCAAAUGGCUUACCUGUACCUAGAAAUGUCCUCAUUCCAAGAACAAAGGGUUUUGUAACGUCUGUAAGUCACAUGCGAUCGUUUGUUCCAGCUAUCUAUGAUAUGACUGUUGCUAUUCCAAAAACCUCAACUCCACCAACAAUGUUGAGGCUCUUUAAGGGCCAACCUUCUGUGGUUCAUGUGAAAGUGAAGAGGUAUUUGAUGAAAGAUUUGCCAGAAACAGAUGAAGCUGUAGCUCAAUGGUGUAAAGAUUUAUUUGUUGCAAAGGAUGAAUUAUUAGACAAGCAUAAAUCAAACGAUUCCUUCCCUGAUUCAGAACUCCAUAACAUCGGGCGCCCUGUAAAGUCUCUCAUGGUGGUUGUAUGUUGGGCAUCCUUGCUUGUUUUUGGGACAUUGAAAUUCUUGCAGUGGUCUAAUCUUUUCUCUUCAUGGAAGGGGUUUUUGGUGACAGGGGUUUGUUUGGGUGUCGUUACAGUCUUGAUGCAGAUCAUGAUUCAGUUCUCUCAGGCAGAACGUUCCAACCCUUCCAAGGUGGCCCCAUCAAGGACCACCAAUGGUGAACUUGAUAAAAAGCAGUGACUAGUAUAAACUAUA